GGAGUGAGUGCAGACUGCUGCUAAACACUGUCAGCAGCAGAGAAGCAGCUGAGCUCUGCAGCAGAUAUCUGAGAGAACAGCAGGGAAGAAAAAAAAGACAAAUAACAUGUUAACCAAGGUGUCGAAUCAUCAAACAGGCCGUGAUCUGAGCAGAUAGGACGAAGACACUCAGCACUGAGCAGUUUGAUCAGAUUUGGAGAUGAACAGCUGCCAACUGUGGGAUGUGAAGAUGUGGGCGUUAAUGGUGGUAGUCUGUCUCUGCCACUGCGUCUUUGGACAGCUGUUUGAGACCAGACUGAAAGGAGCGCCGCGUCUGAUCUGCAGCGUCCCCGGGUCACCUGGCCCGCCUGGCAAACCCGGUCCCAGCGGGCCCCCGGGAGCAGAUGGGAAUGUGGGUAUCCCGGGAAGAGAUGGCAGAGAUGGCAGGAAGGGUGAAAAGGGAGAAAAGGGAGACACAGGGUUGAAGGGCAGAGUUGGCUCAACAGGUAAGAUCGGAGGCCGAGGUGACCGUGGCCCUGCGGGGAAACGAGGCCCUACAGGAGAGGGCGGAGAUGUGGGCCUACCUGGUUCUCUGGGCCGCGAUGGACUGAAAGGGGAUAAAGGCAAAAGAGGGCUACGUGGAACUGCAGGAACCUGCAAGUGUGGCACCCUGCUGCCUAAAUCGGCCUUCUCUGUGGGCAUCACCAGCAGCUACCCUGCAGAGAAAAUCCCCAUCAAGUUCAACAAGGUCCUGUUCGAUGAGGGCGGACACUACAACCCACAGACGGGCAAGUUCAUCUGUGCAUACCCAGGAGUUUAUUACUUCUCUUACGACAUCACGCUGGCCAACAAACACCUGGCCAUCGGUCUGGUGCACAACGGGCAGUUUCGCAUUAAAACCUAUGACGCCAACACGGGGAACCACGACGUGGCGUCUGGGGCCACCGUGAUAUACCUGAACCCGGAGGAUGAGGUGUGGCUGGAGAUCUUCUUCCAAGACCAGAAUGGUUUAUUUGCAGACCCGGGCUGGGCCGACAGCUUGUUCACUGGCUUCCUCCUCUAUGCAGACACGAACUACUUUGACACACUGGCAGCCGACUAUGGAUAGAACCUGGGAAACACAAACUGCUAAUCACUGUUGUUUUGAUAGUUUUAUUACAUGUAUAGAAUGGUCAAACUAUAUUUUUAUACAAAUGUUUGUGCUAGUUUUAUUAUUACUAUAGAGACCUAUCUACUGAUUUUAAAAUUAUAUUAUUUGAUUAAGCUUGAAUAGGUUUCAGAUUUAUUUGUUUUGGCUGAAUAACUUAAAUAAACAUUGUUGACUGGUA